GCGACAUGCGUUUCGAUAGAUCGCCGCGGUGUAUGCCAUUUCCAUUACCUUGUUAUUUAGAUUUCUAUGGUUAGAACUAAUUUAUUAAGUCUAGAAGUUUAAUCUAGAUCAGGGAUAAAUACAUAGCCAUGGUCUAAAAUGUCUUUUUUAUUUUGUGUAUUCCUUGACCAACUCUCGUCUUUGCUUAGACUCUCGAAGAUUGGCAGAAUUAUGAAUUGCGUGCCGAGCAUAACUGCUGCCCUCUCCAGCACAAAUAAGUAGGUAUCUGCUUACUAUAUUUUUUGUAAAAAAAAACGAUACAUAAUUUCUGUACAAACAACUACAUCUUCUAGAAAUUCUGCUGAGGCGUUGCGGUUUGUACAAAAUAUACGUGGACAUUUUGUUGACGGCGGCAUUGUUAUUUUUUUACUGCUAAAGCAGUAUGGUAAGCAUAGGUUGUCAGAUGAGGAAGAUAUCGAGGUUCAGGGGCAUACAUAGGGUCAUAAAAAGAAGUUUCACACACAAAAUGGCACAGUGCACAACGAGACGCAAACACAACAACGGAGUCCGACAGCGAAAACUGACAAACUCAAUUGUCAAAAAAAAACCCGUUUCAAUCAUCGGAACUUAUUUAUUCAUAGUUUUUAUUGAUACUCACAUUAAUAUCUAAUAUUUUUAUAAUAAUAAGUUAAGUUUGUUCACCUAGAUGUCUAAAAUACGAAUGCUGUGAUAUCCUAUAAUUGAGGGAGCACAACUCAAAUGUACACUAUUUUUUGAUUGCAAAUGUGUUUUUGUGUAUUCUUUGUUGGAGAUCCAAUAUUAAAUGAAUAAAUUAUAUAUACACUGUUUUCAUUUAAUUAUUAUACGUUUUUAAUGAGCCCGUAUUAUACAAAAACUCAUAAAUAAAUACAUAUUGAUUAUAAAAAACGCAAAAUAAUGUAUAGGUAAACUCGAUUAAGAGUUGAAUUAAGUAAAGCGGCAGUGUGUAAAAUGAAACGUCGGAGAGGGUAUACGAGAUGCGUUCAAAACUUCGUAAAUGUGUACCUUAUACGUAGAAUAAGCUUACAGAAAAAUGAAAAUAUUUUGUUUACCAAAAUUAAAUUAGCUGAAUUUUAAGAUUUAUUACAUUACUGAUUGUCAGGUGAAAAAUGGUCAUUUUUCUUUUAAAUUAAUAAAACAAUUGUAUUAUAGGUGAUGCACUAUACAACAAUAAUAUUGUGGUACUACUCACGCAAUACUUGAUAAAUAUAUGUAAAUUGAAAUAAUGAAAUCAACCUUCAUGGCCUAACCUGCCUAUGUAUUAUUAUAUUUUUCAGGUGCUAUGUGCCCUUAGCUUUUUAGCUACAGGGUCGUAUCAAAAAAUUGUGGGUGUGGACCAGCAUCAGGGAGGUGAUAAACGCCCUUAACCACAAUUGGAUGGUCAGCAGGUGGAUAGUAUUUCCACAAACACCACAGGAGAGAUCCAUAGUUACUCACGAUAGUUAUUAUAAAAAUAGAGAAGUAUGUAUUUUUUAAAUAGGUUGAAUUUUUUAAAGGUCCCUACAUAACUAAAGCUGUUUUUGAUAUUUGUUGUAAAAUUAUUAAAUAAUUUACAGGUUUCAAAGGACACAUAACUUGCCUGGUGUGAUAGGGUGCAGUGAUUGUACCCACAUUGCAAUUGUAAGACCGGCAGAGGAAGAACAUUUAUUUUAUAGUAGAAAAGGUUUUAAUUCCUUAAAUGUUCAAAUGAUAUGUGAUUAUGAUUUAAGAAUAACCAAUGUAAAUAGUAAAUUUGGUGGAGCUGUUUAUGACUAACACAUAUGGUCAGCGAGUCAUGUGGGCACAUACAUGGAGGGGCUUCAUGAAGGUGGUGAACAUUCGGGUUUGGUUACUUGGUAAGAUUAAAUAGUGAGACAUCUGCUAUAGGUUUGCACUAUAUUUAAAUUAGCAUGAAAUGAAAGAAAUAGUGACAAUUCUUCUUUAUUGAAAAUUGAGUGGAAUAAAAAAAUAUAUAUAUUUUUUUUUUUAGGAGAUUCUGGCUAUCCACAGCGCCCAUGGUUGAUGACGCCUACCUAAAUUAAAUUGUGAACCAGGGUCGCAAGAAGAUGCAUUCACGAGACGUCAUGUCCAAACCAGGUCAAGCAUUGAGCGCUGCUUCGGAUUACUCAAGGCUCGAUGGAGGUGUAUGCUUCGACACAGAGUCCUUCAUUAUCACCCGGAGAUGGUUAGUAAAAUUACAAACGCAUGUUGUGUUCUGCACAACAUUGCAUUAGAUGCCAGUAUACCACCUCCGACUGAUAUGCCAGCCGGGAGCUUAGAAGGUAGUGCAGAUGAUGCUGUACACCAUAGCACCUCUUUCAAUGAUAACCAAAAUGAGUUAAUCCGAGGCAAGUCUUUGCGAAGCCGUUUAGUUAGUAGGACGCGACGUAAUAAAGGUAAUAAAUAAAAUUAAGUGAAAAAUUUGUAUAUUUUUAUUAAUCAUCAUUGGCCUAGCCAUUUCCCAACUAUGUUGGGGUUGGCCUCCGGGUAUUUAGUCUGAACGGCCCAAAGUGAAUGGCACGCGGGCCAUUCGAACGUAAACAAAAAUCGUCUACGUUCCAAAGGACCGUCGAUGAAAAAACUUAAACAUUUAUCUAAAGGGACAGUCGCAUACAGCAUUCAUUAACAUCAAGGAAAUAUUAUAAUUACAUUUUAAUAUAUCAAAUUUAAUUAUUAUUAUUAAAUUAUUUUAAAUGAUCAUCUGAACCGGUUACCGGAGGCCAUGUAGGCCUCAGGUAGCUAGCGCAACAGUGACCCUUUCUUGUCAACCAAUCACAAGCGGGAUGCUUAUCUGUGACGUCAUGGGAAUCGUAAAUAGCUAUGUGCAUAUGCGGUCUAAUACUCACUAUCUAUUUUGCAAUUAUCCAUAAAUGUUGUACCAUAAUUAUAACCAGUGAAUUGAGUGUGUUGCAAAAGUGAGUUUUUAAUAAUCCAAUGGUUGUUUUUUCAAAAAUCUGGUGAAGUGUUGAAUUCUGGUAAGUUUUUAUUAUACAUACUCGUAUCGUCCCCGUAGAGCGAAAUUACAAAAGACUACUUUUGAGAUAUUGACGUCUAAAGUUAUGAAAAAAAUAUAAAUUCAUAACUUUUUAAAUUGAUGUGAUAAAAACCUUUUGAAUUAAUGUAAGUAACAUUCAUCUAUAGUUUUCUCUUAUUUGUCAUAAUUAGUAGUUAAAACAUAAUAUGUUUUAUAUAACUUCGUUUUCUAAUGAGGAAUCAAUUAAAAUUCAAGUUACUUAUUUUUCACUUUAUUCCUUUCGGUGUUAGAGCUAACUUAAGAUCCUUUAGGUAAAUAUUGCUUGAAAAUCAUAUCACUAAACCGAUUUAGUUAGUUGAAUUUAAAUUAUUUUAAGUAAGUCAAUGUAGAAACAUUGACUUAAUUUAGGUCGAAAAUUCAUGAAGUGACCUUGUUUAAGGUCACUUAAUGACUUUUUGAUCUAAAUAUUCUGACAAUUUGCUUUUAAUAUGUGAGUAAUAACUAAUUAUGUACGAUUACGUUUUCUCCUCGGGAAGCAUAAUUCAUAUAAGAAAUCACCAACAUAUUUUAUUUAAUAUAAUCUUAAUACAAAUUUUAUAUAUUUUUUAGUUAUUUAGUUAUUUUUUAUAUUAGGAAACUUUCCGAUAACGUCCAUUAGAAUUAUGGCGGUUAGAUAGAAAAAAUAAGAAAAAAGUCGUGAUAAGCAUGGCAUUAAUAACUCAUUUUACCUAAAAGUGUCACUUAGUUACUUUUCGCUCUACGAGGACGAUAUACAUACAUACAUAUCUAUGUUUAUACUCAUCACACAUUUUCAAUGCUCAUCGUUUAUUAUUUUUAUUUUAGAAUAUUAAAAAAAUGGAUGGUGCACAGGCUUCCACGUCACAAUGUGUGUCAACACGUGAAGGUACAUCGAGAAAAGGUGGUCGCCUUUUAUUUAGAGGAGGGUAUGAAUAUAACUGGAAAAGGCAGAACAAAGACAGCACAGAACUUUGGCGUUGUGCAAAGAAAAAUACUUGCAGUGCUUCUAUAAAAACAAAAAGGGACCCUCUUAUAGUUUUACAUGAAACAUCACAUAACCAUGAACCGAAAAACUUAGAAACAAGGGAAAUAAAACAACAGAUGGAAAAGUGUACAAAUACAGUUCAACACGAUGUAAGCAUUCCAAUUCCUCAAAUAUUUAGUGAGCACAUGGAAAUACUUAAACAAAAAGGAAUACAUAAUUUGCCGAAGUUUGAAAAUGUAAGUAAACAUCUGUAUCAGAAACGAAACAACUCCAUUGGAGCCAGAAGACUUUGCUUUAGUAAAGCAGCAGAGCUUAUUAUACCAGAAAAAUAUUUAUUUUUGCUGUUUGCUGAUUAUCAAGACAGAGAUAAACGUAUAUUAAUAUUUGGACAUAAGGAUUUUAUUGGCCAUUUGAGGCAGUCAAGACGAUUUUUCUUUGAUGGAACGUUUAAGAUCUGCCCGAAGGCAUUUUAUCAACUUUUUACCAUUCAUGCUGACAUCGGAAGCACAGAAGAAUUUGUCAAUGUGAUUCCUAUUUUGUAUGCGUUACUGCCUGAUAAGAAGCUCGACACAUAUCAGAUAUUAUUUGAAAUAAUAAAAAGUCAGUUACCUGAAUGGGAACCAACUUAUGCCACUAUGGAUUUUGAAGUAGCCAUUAUAGUAGCAUUACAGAAUAUUUUUCCUGACGUUAAAAUAACAGGGUGUAAUUUUCACUUUAACCAGUGCUUGUGGCGUAGAGCAAAGACUUUAAAUUUAGAUAAGACACAAACAGGGAAGGCUCAUAUAAAGUUGUGUGCAGCAUUAUCACACAUUCCUAAACAUUUCGUCGAAGAUGGAUGGCUUUACAUUAUGGCAGAAAGUCCAAGCAGUGAAAAUUUUACGAAAUUCAAUGAUUAUUUUGUUAAUACGUGGCUAGAAGACAAGGUGCUUUCGAAUAUUUGGUGUACGUAUAAUGAAUAUCACAAAACGAACAACAUUGUAGAGUCAUGGAACCAUAAAAUUAAAAAAAUCAUAAAAGUCAAACCAAACAUUGGACAACUUCUGCAAGGAUUAAAUAAGGAUGUCCAAUUUUAUUCGGAACAGUUGAGACAACCCGGUGGAAUCAAAAUUUCAAAAAGGAAACCGGAUACUUUAGUAAGAAAUUGGAAAAUACAAACUACAGUGCAGGAACUAUUGAAUGGGCAGAUAAGUAUAGGACAUUGUUUAGAAAAACUAAAAUUCUAAGGCAUAAAAAACAAUAACGUCCCUAUACUAACAAUAUCUCUGGUUUAACUCAUAGUUUUAUGCUGAUUUAUUUGAUUCAAUAAGACUGAUUUGUACGUAUUAUAAGAUUUUUUAUUGUUCAAAAGUUAAUUAUUUAUAUUUUCACUUUUUAUUUGA